AUGGUGGACGAGGAUAUGAACCAGCGGAUUUUCCGGGCCGUGGCGGACGUGUUCCAGCAGGGCCAGCUGGGCUACGCGGGCCACAGGAAGCACGUUGUCAUUUUGAAGAGAUCCAGUGGAAGUCGUACCGGCAGGGGGUUCGAGGGACUCCCGUUCAAACUCGUGGGUUCCAACAAGAUGGUGUUGAAAGUGCUACCAUUGAAGAAGAACGACCCGCUCGGCUCGCGGCUGGUCAAACUCGUGACCGUGUUCGUCGUGUCGCUCAACAAGGAGGUUUCGCUUCUAAGGGAGAGUGUCGAUGCGUCCGAUGGACAGGUGGCCACUGAGGGGGACGCUGCGGCGGCCCUGUUGGAGAAGGAACAAAUGGUGAGCAAAUUCAUAGACUGUUUCCUACGGUAUAUUCUCCGCGGGAUCGAGAGCAAGGACAAGAACGUGAGAUUUGGAGUGUGCCAGAUCAUUGCGAUCCUGAUGGAGAACCUCGACGAGAUUGACGAGGAUUUGUUUGAGCUGCUGCAGGGGAAGUUGAAGAAGCGAGUCAUGGACAGGGAGGUUGUCGUCAGAACGCAGGCCGUUUUCGCGCUGACCAAGUUCCAAGACGACGAGGUCGGCACCGUCAGUAGCGCCACCAAGCUGCUCGAGAACCUAGUGCAGAACGACCCGGCAGCGGAUGUUAGGCGUGCAGCCAUGUUGAAUAUGGUGCACAACGGACACACGCAAUUGUACAUAUUCGAAAGGGCUCGUGACGUCAACGCCAUCAACAGAAGGGCCGUAUACUCGCGAACGCUCAAGUCGCUCGGUCUUAAGUGUUUCGACCAGGUGGAUCCAAAGGUCCUUGACCAGCUUGUACUGUGGGGGGUGGAGGACAGGGACGAGUCCGUGAGGACUGCGUGCGAAAAGCUGAUCGCUUUCCACUGGAUCAACCUGGUCAACGGAGACCUCCUCAACCUAAUCGAAAAGUUGAAGGUAACCAAGUCCAAAUCUUGCGAUAAGGCUGUCAUGACAAUUUUUAGGAGAAGAGAGGAUAUAGUCAACAAGAUUCCAAAGAUACACGACCUGUGGGAGGACCUGACACCAGAAAUGGCGUUUCUGUUCCGGUGUUUCCACACGCAUUGCACGGAAAACAAACUUACCGAGGUUGUCGACGAGACCUUCCCAGAGGCGUCCGUACUGUCCAAUUACAUCCAGCACUACACGGAUCAGCGGUUCAGCACGGGGGCUAGCGGAGAUACAGAAGCGUUGACGAAACCGGCCAAGAAAGCCUUUGAUUUUAUCAUAGAACAGCUACUGACUAUAGCGGCAUUGUACGAUUUCAGUGAUGAGAUUGGCAGGAGAGCGAUGCUGAAUGUUGUUAGAAACAUGCUAUCUUUGAAGUCACUACCGGAAUGUCUUAUCAGAUGUGGCCACAAGGUACUGAAGGUGUUGUCCAUCAACGAGAGAGAUUUUGUCACAAUGGCGAUCGAAAUCAUCAAUGACUUAAGAGACGAGGACAUUGAAAUGCAGGAACAGAUGGAGAAAAAAUCAAAGCCCGAUGGCGACGAACAACAGGAUAGGGACAGUGACCUUGAUGAUGCUGAAAACCUAAAUUCAUUCCACUCCGCUGUUGACGGAUUGAUAGAUGGCCGAAGCUUGAACCCGGAACGUCACGCUCUAAACAGCUUCUCGAACGAAAGAGAAGCUACGUCAGCAACCAUUGCUAUCUGUUUACAAAGGUCUUCUUGUAUGUUGGAACUUGUAACGACGCUCAACGACCAGAAUGUCCUUCUAAGAUCACUGAUCGACACCCUGAUAACUCCAGCGGUGAAAAGCGAUGAACCGGACAUCAAAUUGCUAGGCAUUAAGAACUUGGGGUUGUGCUGUCUCAUCGACGUCCAACUGGCAACGAACAGUAUGCUGUUACUAGGAGCAACAGUAAGUAUUGGGAACACACCGAUCAAAAUUGUUGCGCUACAAGUUCUGCUUGACAUUUUUGCCAUACACGGUACUGCCGUAGUAGACGGGGAAAACAAAGUCGACUCAAUGCAUUUUUACAAAUUGUUCUACAAGGUGCUGAAAAACGACUCAUCGCCAAAAUGCCAGGUGAUUACCGCAGAAGGUCUUUUUAAGCUUUUCUUGGCGGAUAUUUUCACCGACACGGAAUUGUUUGAAUCCCUUAUAUUCGCUAACUUCCUACCCAACAACUCCCGAAACGAAGCACUGAUACAGGCGUUUGCAUUUUGCAUCCCAGUGUAUUGCUUCUCCCAUGUCACUCACCAGAGUAAAAUGGCGUCUAUUGCAGCCGGUGUAUUUUUCAGACUAGCAAUGAUUUGGGACGAGUUGCAAACGUCAUUAGAUGCACAUAACACCACAAUGUUGAAACCCAACGUUAUACUCCAACAGCUGAUUCAUUGGACCAACCCGCGGAAACUGGUACGGAGAUCCGAGGAGGAGACAAGGUGCGAUAAUAACCAAAUUCAGGUCCUGCUAGAUAUUUUGAAUACGAUACACGAGGUAGGGAGAAAGGAGAUAAAGAAAAUGAUUUUUACUAAUAUUCACCUAUUCUAUAUCACCUCGUUUCAAGAUACUGACAAACUAAAACGCAUUUUGGAGAUAAUCUCUGAUAUCUUGGAAACUACAACGGUAGACAUAGUGUGCAAAAACGCAUUAGAAAAAACCAAGAGAAAUUUGGAGAGUGCCAUUGAGGAGGCUCAUGAACGUUCUCUACAAAAUCUCAAGAAGGAUGGGGCAACGGAUGAUGAGGGAGACAAUGCAGACGGACUGACGAAUGAACAAAUUUCCAUGAUUUUAGAAAAAUCGAACAUUAUGGAUGAAAGUGACCAUAAGGAGACGACCAACACCAGCGAUGAAGGUCAAAAUGACGUGUAUCACAAUCAAGAAAUGUCGCGGGCCGAAUCGGAAUCCAAUAGGAAAAGGAACAGGAAAGAAAUGGAGGAAGGUGAUACAAACAAUGAAUCAACAGACGAAAGGAGGAAUGGGGCGGAGGAACCUGAAAUUACGACUAAAAAUGUCAGCUUUAUAAUACCUGAAAAUACGGAGGAAUCCUCUUCCAAAGAGGAUUCAGAUUAUGUCAUGGAUGAUUGA